UUGUGUUGUUCCGGUCUAGCUAACAUAGCUAACUAGCUUGUGUAGCAUUGGUGGCAAGUUGAGAAGAGCCUUGUCAAAAUUAGCUGCAGUACAGCAGCGUUCAUGUAUUUUUAUGUCACCAAGGCGUUUAGAGAGGCGCACAUCUCUUCCUCGGAAACUGGAAGCUGGAAUUUUCAGACUGAGGUGUCCGUCUCUUCUGAGUUUACACUGCUAGCGGUGGAGUUCAUCCUGUGACUCAGUGGUCAGUAGAGGGGCUCCUGAGAGCAAGGACCCGAAACUGUAGCUCCCAGUCCCCUCUUGUCUGUGUGUGAGAGAAAACUUGUAUUAAGUCCUGUGGAGACUCCUGGCUUGUCCAGCUUAAGAUGUCCUCCAUAUUGCCAUUCACCCCUCCUGUGGUGAAAAGGCUUUUGGGCUGGAAGAAAUCAACUAGCAGCCCGGGAGGAGCGGGCGGCGCAGAGCAGAACGGACAAGAGGAGAAAUGGUGCGAGAAGGCUGUGAAGAGCUUAGUGAAGAAGCUGAAGAAGACGGGUCAGCUAGAUGAGCUCGAGAAGGCCAUCACCACACAGAACUGUAACACAAAGUGUGUUACCAUCCCCAGCAAUUGCUCUGAAAUAUGGGGACUGAGUACACCAAAUACGAUAGAACAGUGGGAUACAUCAGGCCUUUACAACUACCCUGACCAAACCAGAUCCUUGGACGGCCGUCUCCAGGUCUCCCACAGGAAGGGCCUUCCCCAUGUUAUCUACUGCCGUUUGUGGCGAUGGCCAGACCUUCACAGCCACCACGAGCUGCGUGCCAUUGAGGCCUGUGAGUAUGCCUUUCACCUCAAGAAGGACGAAGUCUGCAUCAACCCUUACCACUACCAGAGGGUGGAGACCCCAGUGCUGCCUCCUGUUCUCGUGCCAAGACACUCAGAAAUCCUGCCAGAGCUGCCACCUCUAGAUGACUACACUCAUUCCAUACCUGAGAACACAAAUUUUCCAACAGGAAUCGAACCUCCAAACAACUAUAUACCAGAAACACCUCCACCAGGCUACAUCAGUGAGGAUGGGGAGGCCAGUGAUCAGCAGAUGAAUCAAAGUAUGGACACAGGUUCUCCAGCAGAGCUCUCCCCCAGCACUCUGUCUCCUGUCAAUCACAGCAUGGACCUGCAACCAGUGACUUACUCGGAGCCGGCCUUCUGGUGCUCUAUAGCGUACUAUGAGCUGAACCAGCGCGUCGGGGAGACGUUUCACGCCUCUCAGCCCUCACUGACAGUGGAUGGAUUCACAGAUCCAUCAAACUCUGAACGCUUCUGCCUCGGCCUGCUGUCUAAUGUUAACAGGAAUGCCACUGUAGAGAUGACCCGAAGGCACAUAGGAAGAGGAGUUCGACUCUACUAUAUUGGGGGGGAAGUAUUUGCUGAGUGCCUGAGUGAUAGCGCCAUCUUUGUCCAGAGUCCAAACUGCAACCAGCGGUAUGGUUGGCAUCCAGCAACAGUGUGUAAAAUUCCUCCAGGUUGUAACCUAAAAAUCUUUAACAACCAGGAAUUUGCAGCUCUGCUGGCUCAGUCAGUCAACCAGGGCUUUGAGGCCGUCUACCAACUCACCAGGAUGUGCACUAUCCGCAUGAGCUUUGUCAAAGGCUGGGGAGCUGAGUACAGGCGGCAGACUGUCACAAGCACUCCUUGCUGGAUCGAGCUGCAUUUGAACGGGCCCUUGCAGUGGCUGGACAAAGUUCUGACCCAGAUGGGUUCCCCAUCCGCACGCUGCUCCAGUAUGUCCUAAAAUAGCCCCUCCCCCCAAAAAAGCCCAUUAUAAAGCUCAUUAAAUUCUAAACAUGUGAGUCCUUUCAUUUAAAAAAAAGGAAAUCCCACAGAUUGAUUUUUCUGUGACAUACUUCAUAGUAUUUGUGGCCCAGUUCCACAUCCCUCUUUUAACUUCACAUACACACACAGAUACAGACUUUUGAGUAAAACAACAACAACAAAAAUUGGCACUUUGUUACCCCUCUAUGUCAUGCACCUUGUUAAAACUGUUUUCCCAAAACCUUAAUAUUAGAUCUAUUUGUGGUACAAAUAAAAUGUAUAUUGGUUUUUAGUCUGGGAGGUAGAGGAGAUACCAAAAAUAUCUGUGAAUAGUUUCUCAGUAUUUGAAGAUUGCUUGUAUAAGUAACAUGAUUUUUUUUUUUUUUUUUAAAGCCUACCCCAAACAUUGUUAACAUAAGUUUACUUUUCUCUGGGAAACUCUGCCCCGUCUCUUGCCAGGGGGAGGUGACUUAGUGAAGAAAUGAUGGCCUUGGUGGCCGUUCCCCUCGAGGAAACGCCACGGUGUUUUUGUUUUGUUUUUGUUAAAAAGUGAUUUGAUUGUCUUUGCCAGAACACCCCUUCCUCACACACACACGCACACACAUACACCUCAGUUUUUGUUUUUUUUAUUUUAUUUUAGUUUUAUUUUAAGUCUUGAUGGGUGUCGUUAUAAGACAUUCCUCGUAAUGGAGAAAAGAGUGUUGGUUGAAUAAAUAUUUCAAAAACGAAGUGCUAACUCAGUCUGACAAGAGUUUAUGAUUUUUGUCAUUAUAUGGCACUCUUAUGUGUCCUUGGCUUAGUCUAGUUACAUCCCCCACUUGAACAGCCUGGUAUGGAAGCUGAAGAGGUGGUGGGCCAGGCUUUGCAGGGUGCACUGGGCAGGGACCAGAGAAUAUCAGCUGUUAAUCAAAAAGCUUCUUGUUUUUUUGACAGACACUGGGAGUCCUGGGACUCUCCAAGGUGAAGUAGAGAGCGGUUCACUGGGAGAAUUUGAAGGUUUCAAUGAAUGAAUUCAUUCUGUUUUUAGCCUAUAUCCCCAUUGUUUUGCUACUUUUGUAUUCUCAUGUAUUUUUAUAUAUAAAUAUACUUAAAAUUUCUGUCGUCCACUUUUUAUUAAAAUAAUAUUAUAAAGACCACAGUUGUUUCCAAAGUGACAUGGAGGGCAUGGAUCAUUCCUUAUAUUUUUUUUUUCUCUCCCUCAAAACUUUCUAAGCAGCUCUUUGUCUUGGUUUAAGGAAAAAAAAAACAUCACUGCCACACAUGUGCAGCCUAUAUCUACCCUUUUUUUUUCUCUUCUGAAAAAAUCUGGUGCAUUUAAAGUACACUAAAACAGCAACAGAUUUGCCUGAAAUCAACUUUUCUGUAAUGGUUUGAAUGAUUCCAGUGGCAUGUAAAACUUUGUAAUGGCCAUUUGUUCAUUCAGCUCGGCCAUUCAGUUCAUUCAAUUUUAUUUUUUUCCCCACCCCCUUUCAUUUUUGGAAAAAACACACAUGACCUCUUGUAGCCUUCUGGUGCUUACGGCAGGCAGGUUAAGAUGAACCAGAUAUAAUUGGCUUUCAAAAUGUUACAGGAACGUCGGAAGGAGAGUGUUUAUUUUCUCCUGUGAGAGGAGCGAAUGUGCCUGCACACUGGGACAUUCUGUGUUAGUGUUUGUAUCGUACUUGUUCUGUCUAUAAAAUACAGUAUGUACAACAAGACUUUAUGGCUUCAACUCAUUUUGUGGCUGUUGCGAGUUUAACAUGUUCCCGCCCCCAAAAUAUGUUUACCAUAUGGCAGUAGUGAUUGUACUUUAAGUGCACCUAGUGAAGUUUGGAUUUGGGGAACUGAACCAAGUGUUAGGGUCCGGUGUUACAUUGUUUUGACUUUGGCCUACAACAUAUGAAUGUGGGAAAAAAAAAAUUGCAUUACAAAAACUGAUGUGGACCAGACAUGCAUAUACAUAUAUACAUAACAGUAGUACAGUAUGUGUGUAUUUAACAGUAAUCUUUUUGCAAAGCAGUCAGUACAGUAGAUGUGGCAGUUGUUUUACCAGUAGAGGGCGGUAUUGAUAGAGCAGUUCUUUUUCUCUUUUGUUUUUUCCUUUUUUUUUCUCUGACCAUAAGCUUCUCAGGCGUGCGCAUAUUAUGCAGACUUCAUAAAACACUAAUAAAGAUUUUUAUUCUCAUGAUUCAGCCUCUUGUGUUUCUUAAAUCGAGGAGUUGAGAGAAUUUGUACAACACUGAUUUUUAUCUCCAAGGUCCUGCUAUUUGAAUCGUCAAAUUCAAGUAGAGAUCAAUAAAGGCAGCUGAUGACAUUUUCAUCAAAGGCAGCUUGUGGAAAGUGGUACAUUUCCGUAAGUAACACUCAAAUACAAAUUGGAGCUGUGCAGCAUAUAGAGCUAAGUUUGUAUGUUCAGGUUAUACAUGGGGGGGAAAAUAAAUUCCACCAUUAAAUAUGUAUUUUUUUAAAACACAUUACAUGCCUUACGAAGUUAUCCACCAUGCCAGCCGUGGCAUGACCAUCAAUAAUGACAUCAUAAUAACAUUAUGAGAUAUUACAGGAGGAAACAUCCUGCAUAAAGUGGUAUUUUGAGGCUAUGUUACACAUAAUGCUCGUCAAACAAGGCUGUGGGAAGUAGGGAUACUGCAGCAGCCCUUACCUGCCAACUGCCACGGUUUUUUGUUUGUUUUUCAGGGGUGGUGGCACUAUGGCAUCCUCAAUAUCAAGACAUUUCCCAAGGCUCUGUCAAACAGCAAUUAUUAAACGUUUAGCUCUUGGUUAUACAUUUGCAUCUUGUUUUGGUCAAGUUUUAUAUGAGUGAGAGGCAGAUUGUGAAAAGCUAACUGCAAUUCACUUUUUGUACUUGAAAAGCCAGAUUUCUGAAAGGGGCCUUGUUCUCAGCUGCCUGUAUAUUGAGGGAGUUUGGCUUUAUGGCGUUAUGUCAGACAAGCUUCUAAAAAUAAAUUUAACAGAAAUAGUCUUCUCCUGACCCUAACCAAACUGUGAGUAAACGCUACAAAAAUAUAAAAGAAAAAUUUCUCACAAAUGCCCAAGAGGCAAAUAUCUACCAGUAGUUGUGGGGCACGUCAGAAGUUGUUGCUUGAAGACAGAUGGAGUCCUUCCGUAGCAGUUCUUACGGGAGGGUUCUGGAUUGGACGCGCCCCGCCCACUCCCUAAGCCCGACGACCAAUCAAAGCAGAGCGGCCUCCGGAUGUAAAUAGUGCCAGCUACAGCUAACAUAUAGCUAGCUAGCUACUUGUCGAGACAAGAUGGCAUUUACCUUAUACUCUCUUAUACAAGCAGCUAUUCUGUGCAUCAAUGCUGUCGCUGUACUACACGAAGAAAGAUUUCUAAGUAAAAUUGGCUGGGGAGUGGAUCAAAGUGUCGGGGGAUUUGGUGAUGAACCAGGCAUCAAAGUCCAGCUAAUGAAUCUUAUCCGCUCCGUCAGGACAGUCAUGAGAGUGCCGCUGAUCGCAGUGAAUUCAGUCUGCAUUGUACUGCUGCUUCUAUUUGGGUGAAGAAGUUUAAAAGCGGGGACGGGACAGAUGAGUCAGGACAUCUCCGUCACCUCAGGAACCACUGAAGAAGACACAAUGUCCCCUUCAGCCUGGAUAUGAAUGUUCUCUUUGUAUAUUUCUAUACAUGAGUUGUUGGAUGGUUUUGUUUUGUGUUUUUUGUUAAGCUCUCUUUGCAGCCAAUAAGAGUGACAUCCCCCUUUCGUUUUGGAAAAAUAAAUAAAUAAAUAGCGAAUUGCUGAAUAGUUUGAACUUUUCAGACAGUAAGCAAAAAUAAAUAUUUUUACACUGUACUAGUAAAUUGGUGAGAGGAGCCGACUAUGAAACAGCUGUAAUUUAUACUCUGAAAAAUAUGUAAAAUAAUUGUGGAAUAAGUGAUUGUGCAUCGACAGUAAAGAUUUUUUUUAAAAACGUCA